AUGUAUUUGACCCCUACUGGAGUUUUCUGGCAAGGCCAUGCCAUCCUGUGGUUACAUCUACCAUCUUCCCCCAAAAGGGUUCUUUUACCCUAUUAUGAGGCUGUUGCUCAACUUAUUAUCGUGGCCAGAACAACCGGUCACAAAUUAUAUGGCAGAGACCCCUCAAAAAUAGUCCAACCAUACUCAAAGUCACAAGUUGAUUGGCUUUUACAAAACUCUGACUCCUGGCUCAUCGCCUGUGCCUCCUUUUCAGGAGUUAUAGACAAUCAUCUCCCUCCUGACAAGCUCCUACAGGUCUGUAACACUCAUCAAUUCAUUUUUCCACAAAUCAUUCAUAAUAAGCCAAUUAAAAAUGCCCUCACAGUCUUUACAGAUGGGUCCUCUAAUGGCACUGCGGCCUAUGUCUGUCAUGACUCUUGUGUAUCUUUUGUCACCCCCCACACAUCUGCGCAAUUGGUCGAGCUUGAAGCUAUUUUAAAGGUACUUUCUGAUUUUCAUAAUCAACCGUUAAAUAUUUAUACUGAUAGCUCUUACCUCGCUCAGUCUAUACCUGCCCUUGAAACAGUUUCAUUCAUCAAGCCCUCUUCAACGGCGUCAGUUUUGUUCCAGGCCUGCCAGAAAUUGAUUCGUCAACGCACCACACCAUUCUACCUUGGUCACCUUUGUGCUCAUUCAGCCUUCCCAGGACCCCUGGUACAUGGCAAUGCUUUAGCAGAUGCCGCCACUCAAAGUCCCCCUACACUCUUGGUGACCACUGUCCAACAGGCAGAGGAGGCACACGCCCUUCACCACCUCAAUUCCCAUUCACUACGAGUCCUUUAUCGCAUCACACGUGAACAAGCCAGACAAAUUGUCAAAAACUGUCCCUCUUGUCCUACCUCUACCCCAGUUCCCUCUCUGGGGGUCAACCCCAGGGGGCUAUUACCAAAUGCUAUUUGGCAAAUGGAUGUUACCCAUCACUCCCCUUUCGGGCGACUGCGUUUUGUUCAUGUCUCGGUGGACACCUGUAGUGGCUUUCUCAUGGCAACCCUACAACCAGGAGAAGCCACCAGACACGUUAUGCUUCAUUGUUUCACAGUCCUAGGAGUUCCAAAACAGCUAAAGACAGAUAAUGGCCCAUGCUAUACAUCGCUGGCCUUCAAAAAAUUCUGUACAGCUCUUUCCACUCAUCAUGUUACGGGCAUCCCUUACAAUCCACAGGGCCAGGGCAUAGUAGAGAGAACCCAUCUCUCUAUCAAGACUACCCUUCAAAAAUUAGUAAAUACAACAUGGUAUCCUACAAAGGGAUCUCCACGCAACCUUCUCAAUCAUACCCUGUUCAUCUUAAAUUUCCUGCGGCUGGUCAUUCAAGACCGCUCAGCCGCCAACAGAUUUUGGCAUCCCAAAACUCAAAAUCAGUAUGCCAUGGUAAAAUGGAAAGACCCUCUGGAUGGAUCCUGGAACGGACCCGAUCCGGUUCUAAUUUGGGGUCCUGGCUCAGUCUGCGUUUUUUCACAGUCUCAUGAUGCCGCCCGCUGGCUCCCUGAGCGGCUAGUGAGACAUAUUAACCCCCAGCCCAAGGAGGGGCCUCCAGCCCCUCCCUGA